AUGGCAUUAGUUUGCCGAGUUUUGUCAGCAGCGAGGAGUUUACAACCCAAGGCUUUGGCAAUUUCUAGUAGCUCUCAGCGAUGGUUGAGUAACCAAACAAGUUUGCUUCAGAGGUUGGUUGAGGAACCCAAUUCACGCAUCAAAAGCAUACUUGGUUCCGAGGAAUUCUCUGCCCUCCAAAGCUCUGAUUUUUCCUGGGAAACCCUCCUCACUUCUCUCGCGUCUUCUUCCUCUCCUGAUAAAUCUCGCUUGGUUUUGGAGUGGAAAUUGGAGAACUUGCUUGAGGAGAAUGAGAAAGAUCAUGAUCGGUACUCUGAGCUGAUAUCUCUGUGUGGGAAAAUUCAGAAUCUCCCACUUGCAAUGCAAGUCUUUACUUCUAUGGAGGCUAAUGGAAUCAAACCCACUUCUGCUAUUUUCAAUUCCCUUGUGCAUGCCUGCUUCUCUUCAGGUAAUGCGUCGACAGCUUUCAGCCUAUUUGAGAUAAUGGAGAGCUCAGAGGGAUUUAAACCCAAUUCUGACACUUAUGAUGCAUUCAUGUCUGCAUUCUCAAAGUUGGGCAAAGCUGAUUCUGUGCAAGCUUGGUACUCUGCCAAGAAGGCUGCUGGAUUCAGCUCUGAUGUUCAAACCUAUCAAACUCUGAUUUCCGGUUGCAUCAAAUCGAACAAUUUCAAGUUGGCUGAUUGGUUCUAUGAAGAAAUGGUAUUAUCAGGGCUCAUGCCCAACUUGCCCAUAUUGGAGAAUAUGCUGGAAGGGCUUUGUAAGAGGAGGAGCUUUGAUCAAGUUAAAGAGUUUAUGAAGAUAGUGUUGGAUGCUGGGUGGAAGAUCAAUGAGAAGAUGGCUGAGAUGGUUGUGGGGUUGUAUAUUGAACUUGGGAUGGUGGAGAAAUUGGAGGAGCUACUUGUAGAUUUAAUGGAGACCAAUCAAGUCUCAGAAGUUUUGUUGCUGGUCCACUGUGGGAUUAUAAGGUUGAAUGCUAUGUUGGAUAGAUUGGAUGAUGUAGAGUACUCUGUGGGGAGGAUGCUGAAACAAGGAAUGUCAUUUAAACAUCAUGAUGUUGUUGAAAAGGUAAUCUGCUCGUACUUCAGGUGCUCGGCUCAUGAUAGGGUGGAGCUGUUUUUGGAACGUCUGAAGGGUUCUUAUGAACUUACAAAAUCAACUUAUGAUCUGUUGAUUGCUGGCUAUCGAAGAGCCGGGUUAUCUGACAGGUUGAAUGAUAUGAAAUGUGCUGGGUUUUCGUAG